UCUGUAAACCGAAUUCUCAGGAAAAUUCAACUCGACUCUGCGAUGUUGAGUGUGGAGAUUUCUGGGCACCGCCCCAGAUACCCAGGUCUUCUAGUGGAGACCCCAACGCAGUCAGUAGUGAAGGAGAGGGAGGAGAUGGAGACAGUUGAGGUGAACGAGCUCCAGCCUCCUGGGCCCCAGCAUCGCAACCGCACCACCUUCACCUUGGAACAGAGCAGAGUGUUAGAGCAAGAAUUCACACGGAGCCACUACGCAGACAUGUUCACCAGGGAAAAACUGGCAUCUGAGAUCCAACUUCCAGAGGACACCAUCAAGGUGUGGUUCUCAAACAGAAGAGCAAAAUGGAGGAGGGAAGCCAAGUAUAAGAGCAGUGUCCACGGAGCACAUACUCCAUUUCUGAUGAACCAAAAGAACAAAGAUUUCCCUUCAGUGAAUUCGAUGACAACAACCAACUCAAUGACUCAACAGACUCACUGGAGUCAGAGGGAGAGUUUGGGAGUACAGUUUGACACUUCAUGCUCAGAAAUCUCCCAGAGAUAUGGUCCAGCUACUACAACAGAGAGAGGUAUAGGAGGAACAGAAGUGUUGGGCUAUAGAGGCAUCUCCAUUCCACUUCCAUCCUCAGCAUCUCAAUACUCAGGCAGCACCACGUUCCCAUUGGUCCAUCUCCAGGACGAGAGGACUCCAUCGACUCACCAUGCAGAGAGGUUCAUUUUCCCAUUGGCUCAUCAUUACACAGACGUGAGGACAGUCUUCCCAUUGGCUCAUCAGACUGAGAGGAUGGGACAUUCACUGAACUAUCAUUGGGAUGAUGGGUCAGAUUUCCCAUUGGCUCAUCACCAAACAGAUGAAAGGUUUCUAUUGGCUCAUCACAGGGAGAGGACUGGUGGUCCAUCGCUUAUUUGACAGAAUGUGUCUCCCCUUUUCUCGCAUCAGUGAAUGUCAGAGCCAAACAUUCAUACACACACACACCUCUAUGGCUCUGCUGAUUACUACUGGGCAGGGAAUG